AGAAAAAGCACCAAAAUGGCCCCAAAUUUGUGCACCAUUUGUCAUGACUAUGAUGAGCGUUUCGGAAGACCUGCUUCAUCUAAGGUAUUCUGCGUUGGCGGCUGCGGUAGAUGUUACCACAAACGUUGCAUGCGCAAAGUAGUGCACUUGAAUGAUACUGGCUUCUGCGUUAACUGUCGUCAGGAAACAAGCUCGUCUGUUGCGUCCGGUCGUGGCCAGAUCCGGCUGGAGACUCUGAUGGACCGGUUGAAGCGGCUGGAGGCGAAGCUUGAUGCCGGAUUUGCCGGACGAUUGCCGUCCAGAAAUCACGCCACGACUAGCAACGAACUGUCGAAAAAUCCUCCGGCGUACGAUUCGGUCAUCAAAGAUGCUGGUGGACCGUCAAAGUUUCCACCCAAGGUUUGGACCAACAUCUUCCAGAAGCUUAACGCAACGCAGCUCGCCAACGCCCGGCUUGUUUGUCGCCGCUGGAACCAGAUCAUCGGUCACAGCCCAACCCUGGUGGACAAGCUGGUGCUGAACUUCCCUCGCGGGACCGUACUGACCAACAACUGCGCUCCGAUUCAGACGCUGACGAGUUCGACCAAGCUGCGCCACACCCGGGCCACCUUCCAGGAGCUGACCAUCGUCGGAGCCGCUACCUGGUGGCCAUCAAUAGGCAAGAACCUGCACACGCUCACCCUUAUCAACUGUAAGGUCUCGAUCGACAUGCUGCUGGAAAUGCUCAAAGCCACCACGGCCCUCAAACGGCUUUCGCUGACCUGCGGAGAAAACCUCUUUUUCCGCACGCUGCCCGAGGUCACCUUCACCAUGCAGUAUCUCGAACAUCUCAUCCUGGCCAACAUUCGCCACGUCGAGAUCCUGGACAUAUUCAAGCAAAUCUGCCCCCUGCUGAAGACGCUCAAACUGCCCGGAGAAAACCGGAACGACGAAUUCGUGGUGGCCGCGAUCCGCUUCAUCUGGGCCGCCCAGAACACGCUCGAGGAACUUGAGCUGGCCGGCGAACCGGGUGAACUGUGGGACCGGAUCAGCGAGGCCAUCGGGAUGCAACUGCGGCGCGUGAAGGUCGUUGCGGGAGCCCUCGACGAAAUGCGCCUCGCCAGGCUGUGCGAGACCUUUCCGACCGUUGAAGGUUUGAUGACGCCGACGAGCCGAGUUACGGAUAAGGUCCUCACCACCAUCGGCGCCAACCUGUGCAAGCUCAAGUACCUGGACAUCACGCUGUCCUCCAGCGAUUCUCCUGACGAUCUGUCCUUCCUCAAGUCGAUGCCCGAGCUGCGCACACUCGCCCUCCGAUGCGCCUUUCCCGCCGUCGGCUUCGGAAAUCUCAAACAUGCCAACCUGGAAUCGCUGAGCCUUCGCGGCGUCGAACAGGGCAACGGCGUGGGUGGCCACUGGUUUGCGCACUUUCCGAACCUGCGCUCGGUCGCGCUGACCGAUUGCACCGUCGAAAGCUGGUCCGACCUGUUUGUGCCGGUCGUAACGCAGCUCAAGAAACUCGCGCACCUGUCGCUGGUCGGCAUUAAGGUGCGGAACGCCGGCAGCGAGUACCUUCCGGACUAUCUGGCCCAGCUGACGACGUUGCGGCUAGCCGGGUGUGACCUGUCGAAGGAUUCGCUGAUUAUGCUGUUUACGCUGUGUCCUCGGUUGACGCGGAUCUUCCUGCAGGACAUGGCGGGUGUAGACGACGAAGUCACGCUGGCGAUUUGUCAGUACGUGAGGGAGCUGCAGCAGAUUCGCGUGGUCGGUUGCGCCGGGCUGACGGAUCAGUGUCUGGAGUAUCUGUGGAACUAUUACGAGGAGUUGGACGUGGUCGAGGUGGUUGAUUGCGUCAACAUUUCGAAGGAAGCGCUGGAGCAGACGUUUGCUUGAUUGACGAUCACCUUUCUUUUUGUUUUACUACGAUUACUGAUCUAAAAAU